AUGGCCCCAAAGCGGUAUAGUUACUCCGAUGUGAAGAAGAUGACUCAUUGGUUCAAAGAUCAAAUUGGUAAAGCAGGAUAUGGCACAGUAUACAGAGGAAAGCUACCUGAUGGCCUUCUGGUGGCAGUUAAAGUCCUAAGUGAGUCCAAGGGUAAUGGAGAAGACUUCAUUAAUGAAGUUGCUAGCAUUGGUAGAACUUCCCAUGUCAACAUAGUCACUCUUUGUGGAUUCUGUUAUGAGAGGAACAAAAGAGCUUUGAUUUAUGAAUUCAUGCCUAAUGGAUCUCUGGAAAAUUUCAUACGUAAGCAAGGAUCUGAAAUGGCCAAUUCUCGCUUAGAAUGGAAAAAACUAUCUGAAAUUGCAGUCGGCAUUGCCCGAGGACUAGAAUACUUACACCGUGGAUGUAACACAAGAAUUGUGCAUUUUGACAUAAAGCCACAGAACAUUCUUUUGGACAAAUAUUUUUGCCCAAAAGUAGCUGAUUUUGGCCUUGCCAAAUUGUGCAAAACGAAGGAGAGUAUCGUAUUGAUGCUGGACAAGGGAACUGUAGGAUACAUCGCACCAGAAGUAUUUAGCUGGAACUUUGGAGGCGUAUCGCACAAAUGUGAUGUUUACACACUACUACAAAAAA